AAUCGGACUGUGGUGGAUCCAAUCUUCAUCCCCAGCCGUUGUGUUAAUCCUGGGAUAUCAAUCGAAUGCCUAUAAAUAACCGGAAAGGAGAAGACCCAUUUCUUCCCUUGAGCCAAAAUUAUUGGGAAAUUAAACCCAUCCAUCUCUGAUCUCUCAUCUGCUGUGGUUGCAAGGCUAUAUGGGAACGGAAACCCAAACCCCUACUCCUCCUCUUCCUCUCCAUUCCCUUGAGGUGUUGCGCCGUACGCCUCUAAACCGUGCCUUCGCGCUGGUUUAUGCCUGUGCCAUCUCGGCUCUACUGUAUCGCCAUGCGUGCACUCUCCUCUCUGCCUCUGCAACCACCUUCUUUUCCUUUUCCCUUUCUUUCUCCUUGCUACUCUCCGACGCCGUUCUCGCUUUUAUGUGGGUAACCAUACAGUCAUUCCGGAUAUGUCCGGUCCGUCGCAGUGUGUUCAUAGAGAAUCUCAGCCGGGUAGUUGAGGAGAAGUGCUUUCCGGCGUUGGACGUAUUUAUAUGCACCGCCGAUCCAUUGAAGGAGCCACCGUUGAGUGUGGUAAACACUGCCUUAUCAGUGAUGGCCUACGAUUAUCCGACAGAGAAGGUGUCUGUGUACGUAUCGGAUGACGGGGGUUCGCAGCUUACGCUGUUUGCAUUCAUGGAAGCUGCCAAGUUUGCUAGACAGUGGCUGCCUUUCUGCAGGAAGAACGAAAUAGAGGAAAGGUGCCCCGAUGUGUAUUUUGGAUCUACUCUGACUCGCAAUUGCGCCCAAACGGAGAAGAUGAAGAUAAUGUAUGAAAGCAUGAAAGAGAAGAUAGAGAGUGUGAUGGAGAGGGGAGGUGGAUUUCUGGAUGACUUGAUCAUCAGCGACCACGAACGUCAAGCUUUUAAUAAAUGGACGCCCGGAUUUACACGUCGAGAUCAUCCUACAAUAAUUGAGGUUUUGUUGGAUAGUGGGAAGGAUAAGGAUAUUACAGGCAAUGCAAUGCCAAACCUGGUGUACGUCUCCCGCGAAAAAAGCAGUAGUUGGCCCCACCAUUUCAAGGCCGGAGCCCUUAACGUCUUACUGCGAGUAUCAGAGACCAUGAGCAAUGCACCAGUCGUAUUAAACUUGGACUGUGACAUGUACUCCAACGAUCCCAGAACCCCUCUUCGUGUUCUCUGCUAUCUAUUCGACCCUGCUGCUGCAUCCAAAUUAGCCUACGUACAAUUUCCUCAGCGAUUCCAUGGGAUUGACAAGCACGAUAUUUAUGGUAAUGAACAUAAGAUUUUGUAUCAGUUAUAUCCCGCCGGGUCAGAUGCUUUUGCAGGCCCAAAUUACGUCGGCAGUGGAUGUUUUUUCCGCCGACGAGCGCUGUUCGGAGGACCAUCCUCAUUGUUAUCCUCUAGAAUCCUAAAAGACAAGCCCAUAACAUCUGCAACGGUUUCUACAUUGUCUCGCUCUCAUCAUGUAGCCAGUUGCACAUUUGAGCAUGGAACCGAUUGGGGUUAUAAGAUAGGCUUUAGAUAUGGAUCCUUAUCUGAAGACUACCACACGGGAUAUUGGCUACACAACGAGGGGUGGAAGUCAGUAUUUUGCAAUCCUGACAGGGCUGCAUUCUUGGGGGACACGCCACUCAGCCUCAAUGAUGCACUCAGCCAAAACAGACGUUGGUGUGUUGGUCUACUGCAGGUGGCCUUCUCCAGGUACAACCCAAUUACCUUCGGUAUUAGAUCCAUGGGCCUGCUCGUGGCCCUUAACUAUGCUUACAAUGCAUAUUGGGCCAUAUGGUCCAUUCCCAUCAUCAUCUAUGCCAUCGUCCCCCAGCUAGCUCUCAUCAAUGGGGUCUCCAUGUUCCCAGCGAUGUGGGACCCUUGGUUCUAUUUGUACUGGUUCCUUUUCCUGGGAGCUUAUGGACAAGAUGCUAUUGAGUUCACCCUAGCAGGAAGCACAAUCCAGAGGUGGUGGAACGAUCAAAGAAUGUGGUUGAUAAGGGGAGUCUCAUCUUACCUAUUCGGCAUUGCAAUACUCAACUUAAUUGCAUUUGUAGUGGGGUUUGCGAAAUUGAUCAGUUCUGAUGGAAUGCUCGGACAAAUGUUGGUGCAGUUGUUUAUUUCUGGGUUUGGGGUAGUCAAUUCUUGGCCCAUUUAUGAGGCCAUUUUCCGGAGGACCGACGGUGGAGAGAUGCCUGCUAAGAUUACUACCACUUCUAUCCUCCUGGUUUUGGUUCUUUUAUUGGUAGCCUAUAUAAUGUUUUAGCUUUGGUGUGGGGGGGGGACUAAUUAAGAACAUUGUUAUUUCAAAAAGCAAAUAACAAACAUAUUGUUUUAAAAUAGAUUGUUUCUCAAAACAAAAAAAUUGCAGAAAACAUGUUAUUGAUCAUUGUGUAUGUGUUUUUUGUAUUCAACAAUGAAACCAAAACCUUGUUGCUGAGC